UGGAAAUGAGAACAAAUGGCGCAGAGUUUACGAUUGCACUUUGCAGCCAGAAGAAGCAAGACUUACCCUCUGUCAGAACCCUCCGGAGAUGAUUUGGAGAGCCAUGUUCACACACAUGGCAAGAGGCCACCCCAAAUCUCAGUGGCCAGCGUGGUUCAAAUGAGGCUGAGCCCCAGACAGCCGCCACUGGCUCCGUGGAUAGAGCAAAAACAAAGAUCCUCUGACAAAAAAAGCAGCCGCCUGCAGAUCUCGCUGCAGCCCAGGGAUGGAGGGAACCUUCCGUCCAGCACCGUCGUGCCUCACAGGGACGAUGCUUCCUGUGUCCUGGAGGAUGGCAUUUGCAGCAGCACCGGGCUUGACAGUGAACUGCCCAGUGCCAGCUAUGGCAGCCUCUUAGGUCUUACUUCUGUUGUGUGCAACGGCAGCGUCAGUCACUCCUCAGCCAGUGGCAGUGGGUCUUACAGCAGUGACUGUGGGUCGUGUGCAAGCAUCACGAGUGGAGGCUCCUACACCAGCAGUGCCGUCAGGGACAGUAGUGGCUGUGAGACCUUUUUUAGUAGAAAUUUACCUUCUGACAGCACCUCCAACAGAAGUGUGCCGGUCAGUACAACUCUCCUUGAAGCUGUGUGCCCAAGUCCCAGUGGCAUUCCGUUUGCCCAGGAGGACAGGGAUCAUGGACUAGAGGUUAUGAAACUGCCAGUGAGUAGGAAUGCAAAGGUCCCACUGAAGCGCUGCACGUCAUUGGUCAUUUUCCCCAGGAGUCCUUCCAACACCCCGCCGGCAUCCCCGACAAGCAGGGGUGCCUACCAGACCUCACACCAGUUGGUGGUAUCUCCCACCGAGACUGUACAUCCCGACGAUGGUUCUGGCACCAAAGGCUUUCUGUCGACAGCUGUCAACGGCCUUCGAUUAUCUAAAAUGGUUUGCGCUCGUGGAGAAGUCCGAGAUGUACGGCCACUCCACGUCAAGAGCUCGUUGCAAAAUAAAAUUGUUGUUUCGAAUAAUAGGCCCCAACAGACUGUGUGUGAGAAGCUGCCUGAGGGAUUUUCCUGUGUUUCUGUGCACUUGACCCAACAAAAACCAAUCACAUCAGAUUGUGAAAACUCCCGUGGUGGUUGGAAGUCAGAGAUGUCAGAACUCCAGCUCCAGCCUGAUUCAGACCAUGCCGUACUCACGCAGAAGUUAUCACCUUGCUUACCAACCAUACCAGAUGUGGAUUACCAUAUAAACAUCCGUGGAGAGUUGGAAAGACCAAAUUCACAGAGAAGCAAAAGCCAUGCUACUUUACAAAGAAGUGUUUCACUGGGAAGGACAUACCCGAAUGUUUCCUGCUUCUCCAGCCUGAAGCACAAUUGUUCGAAGGGGGGAGCAUCUCAGUUACUCAUCAAGUUUGAAUCUGGGAAUGAUGGUAAAGUUGAUAGUUUGUGGAGAGAGAGGUACUUGGCAAAUGAGCUGUCUGUUGUCUGUAAGACCAGAGAUGAUUUCCUGGGUCAAGUGGAUGUCCCUCUCUAUCCUUUACCGACGGAAAACCCAAAAAUUGACAGACCAUAUACAUUUAAGGACUUCGUUCUUCAUCCAAGAAGCCACAAGUCAAGAGUCAAAGGUUAUCUGAGAUUAAAAAUGACUUACUUACCGAAGAACAGUGGCUCGGAUGACGAGAGUGCAGAUCAGGCUGAGGAGCUGGAGCCUGACUGGGUUGUUUUGGACCAACCAGAUGCUGCUAGCAAUUUGGAGCAUCCAGAACCUUCUCCCCUCCCCCCAGGAUGGGAAGAGAGGCAGGAUGUCCUUGGGAGGACCUACUAUGUAAACCAUGAAUCUCGACGAACACAGUGGAAAAGGCCCAGCCCUGAGGAUGACCUUUCUGAUGCUGAGAACGGUAACAUUCAGCUUCAGGCUCAGCGGGCAUUUACCACCAGGCGGCAGAUAUCAGAGGACGUGGAUAGUGCCGACAACCGUGAGUCUCCUGAGAAUUGGGAAAUUAUACGAGAAGAUGAAAACGCUGUGUAUAGCGGUCAGGCCUUCCAAUCACCUCCGUCGGGUCACGUAGAUGUGCAGGCUCGCCUUGCAGAGGAGUUAGAUACCAGACUCGCUGUGUAUGGAAAUCCGGCCACUGGCCAGCCAGUCACCAGCUCAAAUCAUUCCAGCGGAAGUGGCAGCUUGCAAGCCUGUAUCUUUGAGGAACAGCCUGCACUUCCUGUGCUUUUGCCUACUUCAUCUGGAUUGCCACCAGGUUGGGAAGAAAAACAAGAUGAAAAAGGACGGGCCUACUACGUAGACCACAAUACCAAAACAACCACUUGGGCCAAGCCCACCAUGCAGGACGAUCCAAAAUCCAAAGUCUCUGCUGAACUGAAAGCGAAGACACCAGUCGACCCGUCCAAUGACCUGGGACCUUUACCUCCCGGCUGGGAAGAAAGGACCCACACAGAUGGAAGAGUCUUCUAUAUCAAUCACAACACAAAGAAGACCCAGUGGGAAGACCCUCGGAUGCAGGACGUGGCAACAGCUGGACCAGCAGUGCCCUACUCCAGGGAUUACAAAAGGAAGUACGAGUUCUUCCGCAGAAAGCUGAAGAAGCAGAAUGACAUUCCAAAUAAAUUUGAAAUGAAACUUCGCCGCGCAAAUGUUCUGGAGGAUUCUUACCGGAGGAUUAUGGGUGUGAAGAGAGCUGACUUCCUCAAGGCUCGACUCUGGAUUGAGUUUGAUGGCGAAAAGGGACUUGAUUAUGGAGGAGUUGCUCGGGAAUGGUUCUUCCUCAUUUCAAAGGAGAUGUUUAAUCCUUAUUACGGGCUUUUUGAAUAUUCUGCUACGGAUAAUUACACCCUCCAGAUAAAUCCAAACUCGGGCUUAUGUAAUGAAGAUCACCUCUCCUACUUCAAAUUCAUUGGUCGUGUGGCUGGGAUGGCAGUUUAUCAUGGCAAGCUGCUGGAUGGCUUUUUCAUCCGCCCGUUUUACAAGAUGAUGCUUCAGAAAAUGAUAACGCUGCAUGACAUGGAGUCUGUGGAUAGUGAAUAUUACAGUUCACUGCGUUGGAUUCUUGAGAAUGACCCUACGGAGCUGGACCUCAGAUUUAUCAUAGAUGAGGAACUCUUUGGACAGACCCAUCAACAUGAACUGAAAACUGGUGGCUCAGAGAUCGUCGUCACCAACAAGAACAAAAAGGAGUAUAUUUACCUUGUCAUCCAGUGGCGAUUUGUGAACCGAAUCCAGAAGCAAAUGGCUGCUUUCAAAGAGGGAUUUUUUGAACUGAUACCACAGGAUCUCAUCAAGAUAUUCGAUGAAAAUGAACUGGAGCUUCUCAUGUGUGGUCUGGGGGAUGUGGAUGUGAGCGACUGGAAGGAUCAUACCAAGUACAAAAAUGGGUACAGCGCAAACCACCAGGUCAUCCAGUGGUUCUGGAAGGCUGUUUUAAUGAUGGACUCAGAAAAAAGAAUUCGCUUGCUUCAGUUUGUUACAGGCACAUCCCGUGUGCCUAUGAACGGAUUUGCUGAACUCUAUGGCUCGAAUGGACCACAGUCUUUCACAGUUGAACAGUGGGGCACCCCUGAUAAGCUGCCAAGAGCGCAUACCUGCUUUAAUCGCCUGGACCUGCCGCCCUAUGAGUCAUUUGAAGAACUUUCGGAUAAACUUCAGAUGGCAGUUGAAAACACUCAGGGCUUUGAUGGGGUCGAUUAGAUUAUAAGGAAGGAACAAGCUGUGGUGUCUUAACCACCAUAGUUUUUAAGUAAAAGCAAAAUUGCAUCUUAACGUUUUUUCCAGAGUACUUGUAAAAGGUAGUUACUGGCUCUUCCCAGAGAGACCAGAGAACAGUGUAUCCCGUAGUUUCAGCCACCACCAUCCUGAAGUGUUCACUUGUCCCGUUCUUCGUCCUGUUAGGGUUCACGCAACAGGACAUUUGAGUCCUGUGUGCCUGAGUUCUGACCAUAUCUCAUCUUGCUAGGCACAUCUUUCUGUAACUACUGAGAUUCCAACUGUGAAAUAUCUGUAAUGAGUAUCUGGUGGAAAAAUUUGAUGCUGUUUUGAGAUGAAAUUUGGACAAAGGUAGUCUUCAAUAUUGAGUAAACUGCGACACACUUAGUGUUACUUGUCACUACUUCUGUAGAACUUGCCUAGUGUACCUUAUUGCCUAGAUCUUCGGGACAACUUUGGAAGAUGUGUCACUAUGUUUUUAGUCACUUAAGUCACUUGCAAAAAAAAAAAAAAAAAAAAAGUAUUACUCUUCACUCGGAUGUAUUUCACAUUUGUUAGCAUGCAGCUUGAGUCUCCAGCGAUUCAGACUAGUGGAGAAGCUUUUAUUUGCAAUGUGUAGUGAGUAUUAGGCCUCCCUCCUGCCUGUGCAUCCUCAAGGCUUCGCCACAGGCUACAGUUAUUAUGUGUUAGUGUAUUUAGAAUUCCUCCAAACACAAAACAAGCUCCACAAAGCAGUGUUUCUAAGCAUGCCGUGAAGAACCGAGUUACAUGUAUGACUUGCCCUUACCAGCCACUCUUCACGCUUGCAGUCACGUAGUACAUACGUGUUUACGGAGUUCAUUAUGUUUACAGAUUAAGCAAAUUUCUGUAGUUGCAUUUUUAUAUUUUUAGUAUCACAUUAGUAUAAAAGGAUUUGUUUAAAAUAACCAAAGAGUAGUUCAGUGCAUAAUUUGUAUAAAUUUGUUACCAGGUUUCUUAUGCUUUCUAAAAAAUACUGUUUACUAAGAGAAUUAUGUUUUCUUCAAAGUCAAAAACCCCUGAGGCAAAUGCUCCAGGUGGUGAGACCCACAGUGAAGUGUAGGAAGAAAACCCAUGCAUGAAUCAACACACGUAGACAGUGCCAGCUAUGUACCAGGGCCUGAGAUAAAAUUGUCAGCAGUGAAAUCCAGCUCCUCCUUCAUCCUCAAGGAACCUAGAGACACGUAGAUGACUUUGUAAAGAGGGAGAAAGUCGGGGUGAGCAGUCUAAGGCAGAAGGAGAGGGAGGCGAGGCCCUACCCCCUGCACAGCACGUGUGCCAAGACUCCUUUAGUUCAGCCUUUCAUUGGUGUGAAAAAAUGUAAGUCUGCUUUUCACUGUGCUGGCAUAAAUUCGUGUAAUCGUGUCUUAUAAACCUUGUCGGUGCAGAUGAAUGCCCUGUGGGAGCUGUCAGAAGUUCGUGGGCCAUUGCUUUUAGCUUGUUGGCUCUUAACAAAACAAGUGCCUGUCAGCCCAUGGUAGGAAUUUCAGUGACAGUAGCAGAAACACUUUCCAUAGGCCACAGCCUCAUGCAGGUCAGAGAAAGUAACCCCAUGCCAGUGCAUGCUUGCUUCCCAAGUGGCUUUAGCUAGUCAGCCAGGCAUGGCCAGCAGCCGUCUGUGCAGUCUUGAUUUAUCAUUGACCAUCUGUUUUAACCUGCACUACUGGGCUCCAGUCACUAUCUGUCUGGUGUGAAUACCCGAAUAACCAUGCCCACCCUUUUGUCUCUCAAAGCAAUGGUAAGUUCUGGAAUGCUUUCCUGCUGGCCACCAGAGUCCGAGUCAGGUGCCCAAGCUGCCUUUCCUCCAGUGAGUGUGUUCACCCAAAUCAGCGAUCUAGAGUAGGGUAGGAUGAAAGGCUAUCCCUGACCCCAAAUACAUGCUGGCAUAUGUUGUAUUCAUGUGUGGAUCUUAGCGUCAGAGUUCACUUUCUCUACAGUGGCAGAGCAACACUAAUCUGGGCUGGUGUCUUAUCUGGAAUGUCCCCUGUUGAAUGAACUAAGGGUAAACUGUCUUGUGAGAUAGAAUUGUACACACUUGUUUGGUGCCACCUCUGAGAAGUCCUCAACAGCAGAGCUUAGGAAACACAAGCUUUCUUUUCAUUAGGCCGAUAUCCCUCUGGAUGGUACAGUGACUUCACUAGAACCUGGUGUUAGAGUCCAGGCUCACCCUCCCCCACCAGAGCCCCUCAUGCCAGUCUGCAUGAGACUGUCUCAAUGACAUCCUAUUGCUGGGGAGUUCUGGAGUCCCUUUCACGAAGUGAAGACUUUGGACUUUUCUAGAAAAGUACUUUAGCCUUCAUUUUCUCUAAUUCUCUUCCCCCCCAAACAAAUGAAACACACUAAAUUGCAUUAAUAAUGCAAACCCAAAUGCCAUUUGUUUUAGCUUUUAAUUUAUAACACUCAAGUUACUCCUUAAAAUUAUCAAGUUAAACACAAUUGGGUUUGAUGAUAAGCUAUUUGACCUUGUUUUUAAAUUUUUUCUUAUGGUAAAUGUAUAUCCAGAUUAAUGUAUCAAAAUCUAUUGCAUAAACUAUAAAAUCAUUUUCAGAUCUCAAUUCCACAAAUAAAGUUCUAUUCUAAUUUUAAA